AAUAAAGUACGUAUUCACUACAACAUACAAUCAUGUAGCUUACUCAAUCACGCAUGUAAAACAACAAACAAGUAAUUUAAGACUACAUUUAAACGGGACCAAUAAAAAUCAAAAUUUAAGUACACAUAAAAUUUUUAAAAGUUAUCUAAAAGUUUCUUUAAACUUUAAAAAAAAACGAAACAGCCUCUUUAAGAUCGCGCAAAAUCGAACCGCCAGAAAAAUUGUAUAUUACAUUAGCGCACGAAAAAGAAAUAUCAAAACCCAGAGGCAAUUUAAGUUGUGUUUUGGGUUAUAAACAUAUAAAUAGCAUAGUCUGUGUGUAUCGUUUGCGCUCUUAUGACCAUUUGUGAAAAAAUCGGGGAGAAAUUUUGAGUAACGAAAGGUUUUAGAGAGUUUUUAUUACUUCUUUAUAUAUUCUUCUGUUAUCAGUAGUUCGAAUUCCAACCUAAUUUUCAAUACUAGCAGUCAACAACUUUGUUUUAGUUAUAUUAAUAUCGAUUAUACAGAGAUGAGGAUGCUGUCGAACGGUACUUAACAUUUGUUUUCGUCUGUCGUUAAAUAGUAGGGACUCGUAGAGCAAGAUUUUAUAAAAGUGUCCGAACCUGACCCCGUUUACCAACUUCUCCCACACUUUAAAAUUAUUCUUUAUUACGCAUAGUUAACUUUCUCAGCUUGUUUUAAUACAGCCGAAAACUUAAACAGUUUUGUGGUUUUAAAAUUUAAACAUGUGAAGGGUAGACUAUCUGUUCGGAAACACAUUGUAUAUGACUAAGACAAUAAAUCUCGAUAAACUCCUUAUAACAAAGUUUUCAUAAAUGUCCACAACAUACAAAUGGACUUCAUGGCUGAUUGUUUAAACUUUAAAGUCUGGCGUUGUCACCAAUGCAUUGACGCUUAAUUCCUUCCUGCUCAAGGGUUUAAUUAAGCAGUCGUGCUUUGUCUCAGUGUAGCAGCAACAAAUCACUGGUUCCGUAUGUUUGGUGCUCGGGUAAUGGCUCUAGUUUAAAUCCUAAUGGUUCCAUAGCGUGCCUCGCAGUAGGACCUUGUCCAUAAAGUAUAGAAUACUUAUCCGCUAAAGAGCCAGUGUUAGUUUUAACGCAAGAUUGUUGAGUUAAAUAUUACUACAGAAUUCAGAGCAUUGCAGCAAGUAGUAGUAAAAUAUGACGAGCAAAAGCGACACAUUCACCACCGAACGAUCCAUUGAACUAUUCAGUGCAAUUUAUGUUUCAGUUGGAGUUAUAGUUGGAUCUGGAAUAUUCGUUUCACCAAAUGGCGUUUUCGCCGCUGCGAACUACAGUGUUGGUGUCACGUUGAUUAUUUGGGUAUUUGGUGGACUGAUUGCUAUGCUUUCAACACUGUGCUACUGUGAACUCGCAACUUCGAUACCAGAGUCGGGUAGCGAUUACACUUACCUUACAUACGCGUAUCAUCCAGCAUUGGCAUUUCUUAUACCGUGGAUGAACACUUUGUUACCUACAGCUGACUCUAUUUUAAUGCUGACAUUUGCCCGCUACGCUGUUGAGCCGUUUUUCGAGUGUACGACACCGCCCGUUCAAAGCGUGAAACUUAUUGCCAUUUGCUUACUUUUGUUUAUCACAGCUAUCAAUGUACUCAGCGUGAAAAGCGCCGUUCGUAUGCAGAUAGCGUUCGCAUGGUGUAAGCUGGCUGCAAUAUCUUUCAUCGUUGUCAGUGCGGUUAUUUUCUGCAUGAAAGACAGUUCUGUUGCUUCAGAAAAUUUCCGUAACGCUUUCGAAGGAAAAUCAUUAAAAGGAAUUUCGUUUUUGACUUUGUCCAAAGCUUUUUAUACGGUCACGUGGUCUUAUCAAGGAUGGAAUUCUUUGUGUCACGUGACGGAGGAAAUUAAAGAACCUGGAAAAACAAUUCCAAAAGCUUCACUUCUUACAAUAGCUGCCGUGGUGGUUAUCUAUCUUGCCAUUAAUACUGCAUACUUCUCUGUGUUGUCAGUUGAUGAAAUGGCAUCUUCUAAGAUCGUUGCAUUACCAUUCGCAUUGAAAGCGAUGGGGGGAGCAUCAUGGAUAGUUCCUCUUACAGUUUGCCUGUGCACUGCUGGGUCUUACAAUGGUGGCGUUUUAACAUACGGUAGAUUGUCUUACGUGGCAGCCAGACGUGGACAUUUACCGCAGGUUUUUAGAAUGCUCCAUGUUCACAAACGCAUCCCAAUACCUGCACUUAUUCUCAACAACAUCGGCUCAAUUGUUUUGAUAUGCAUUGGAGAUUUUGAAAUUUUAAUACAAAUUUUUGGAUUCGUAAAUUGGAUCUUUACCGGACUCAGUUCUCUCUCUGUGUUAAUCUUAAGAAAACGGCUUCCUAAACUAACCCGCCCCUACAAGGUUCCAACCGUUGUCCCAAUCAUUAUGUCAGCGGUUUCUUUUUUCUUUGUCAUUCUCCCGUUAUUGAACAACCCACACUUCUUAUAUCUUUACGCACUUAUGUAUUUCGCAUUAGGUCUUACGUUUUAUUAUAUAUUUGUGCAUUGCGGCUGCGUUUUACCUGGUGUAGUCCGAACCACAAUUUUUAUUCAAACGUUGCUAAAAGUGGCACCGGUUCAGUGGAAACCCGAAGGCGUUCAAAAGAUGAAGAAGUUAUAGUAUU